UUUCAUUCUUCCAGCAGAUGUCGCUGCACUCGACACACCUGUAUCAGGUGAAGAUUGCGGGUGGAAGCCAUUUAUUGUGACAGUCUGUAAACUUUUCAACUGAUUAUUGCAGUGCACUACUUUGGCAAUAUUAAUUCGCGAGAAAUUUCGGACAAUCAAAGUGAAACCGGUUUUGUGGAUCGAAUUAGUCGCGGCCUGUGUGCUGUUUGAUGGAUCUGAGACACAAAUGAUUAGAUGUCGGUGAUGGAUGUACAGAAUUUCGAGAAGGGUCGCAUCAAGGCCCUUCAGGAUGAGAGAGUCUAUAUACAGAAGAAAACCUUCACCAAAUGGGCUAAUGCCUUUCUGGAAAAGGCCCGUCUUGAAAUCAAAGACUUAUUCACAGACUUAGCUGAUGGCAAGAUUUUGAUGAAACUCCUGGAAAUCAUCUCUGGGGAACAUCUUGGGAAACCAAACAAAGGGCUUAUGAGAGUACAAAAAGUGGAAAAUUUAAGCAGAUGUUUGAAAUUUUUAGCUACAAAGGUAUAUUUUGAGAACAUUGGAGCUGAAGACAUUGUAGAUGGAAACCCUCGUCUCAUUCUAGGUUUGAUUUGGACCAUUAUUCUGAGGUUCCAGAUCCAAGAGAUCGAAAUUGAAGUGGAUGAAGAAUCUAGUGAGAAAAAGUCAGCUAAAGAUGCCCUCCUGCUUUGGUGUCAGAGGAAAACUGCAGGGUAUCCUGGAGUUCAGAUCACAAAUUUCACAGGCAGUUGGAGAAAUGGACUGGGAUUUAAUGCUCUUAUUCAUGCUCAUAGACCAGACCUGAUAGAUUACGAUGCUUUACACCCUGAUGAUCACAUUGGAAACCUUAAUAAUGCCUUUAACAUAGCAGCCAAUGAGCUAGGAAUCCCUAAGAUUCUGGAUGCUGAAGAUGUGGAUGUCAAGCGCCCAGAUGAGAAAUCCAUUAUUACUUAUGUUGCCUCAUAUUAUCAUUAUUUUGCCAAAAUGAAGAGCGAAAUGACUGGAGGAAAGAGAAUAGCAAAGAUUCUUGGACUGAUGAAGGAUGUUGAGAAGAUGGUGGAUGACUAUGAGACCUUGACCUCUAGUCUGUUAGAAUGGAUACGGUACACCAUCCAGCACCUGAAUGACAGAAACUUCCCCAACUCCCUGGAUGGAGUACAGAAGGAGCUGGGAAAAUUCAAAACAUACAUAACUCGGGAAAAGCCACCAAAAUACAGAGAGAGAGGAAACAUAGAGGCCCAGUUUUUUAACAUUCAAGCCAAACUGAAGGCUAAUGGACAGAAACUGUACACUCCUCCGGAGGGCCAGCUGAUACAUGACAUAGAGAGUGCAUGGAUUCGUCUGGAGAAAGCUGAGCAUGAACGAGAGGUGGCACUCAGAGAUGAAAUGAUCAGACAAGAACGUCUUGAACAAUUGGCUGAGAGAUUUCAGAGAAAGGCUGAGAUUCGGGAGUCCUGGCUCAAUGACAUGAGUAUGAUCUUGGAAGAGAAUAUUGUGGCUAACAACUCCGCUCAAGCAGAGGCAGCCAUUAAAAAACAUGAGGCUAUCAGUGCGGAAAUCCUGGCCAGGGAAGACAGAUUCCAGUCAUUAAACAGUUUGGCCAGAGAACUUGUGGAGGGAAACUAUCAUGCCAAAGAUCAAGUUAAAGUCAUAGAUCAAACAAUAAUGAAGAAAUGGCGAGAAUUAUUAGAUAAAUUGGAGGGGAGAAAAAACUUACUCUCUGGCUAUAAGAACACAAUGAAUAUGUUCAGAGAAAUUGAGAACAUUCAGGAGGAACUAACUGAAAUUGAGUCCAAAUUGACAGUUAAAGACACAGGUAAACACCUGCAGGCUACUGAGGAUUUCCUACAGCAGCAUAGUUUACUGGAAACACAGCUAAAAUCCCUGUCCAAGAGAGUCAGAAACCUCAAUAGGAGGUCCAAACAGAUAGAACCAAGCCACCAGGAGGGAGGAGUCCUAGAAAAGAGGCUAGAGGACCUCAAUAAAGACCUUGAUAGGGUGAAUGGUAAGAGUGAAGACAGGAAGAAGGCCCUGGAGGUAGUGAAGAAGUAUUACCAGUUCCUACAGGACGCCGAGGAGGAGGAGAGGUGGGCACAGGAGAGGAUCGAUCACUGUCGCUCCACCAAUACUGGAAAAGACCUUAAUGCUGCACUGAUACUGCUCAAAAAGCAUGAGGCUUUAGAGGCAGAGAUGCAUGGCCGUUGGCCUCGUUGUGAAGCAAUCUGUGCCACUGGCCAGGACCUGGUAAACAGUGGUCAUGGGGCUCGUGCUGAAAUUGGGACAAAAAUUAAUAACCUCAUGGACAAGUGGAAAUUACUACGAGAACUAGCAGCUCUGAGAAGGACCAAAAUUGAAGAUGGAAUAGAAGCACAUCAGUACUAUGCUGAUGCCAAUGAAGCUGAGCUUUGGAUGAAGGAGAAAAUGCCUCUGGUUACGAGUGAUGACUAUGGAAGGGACGAAAUGGGGUCAAAGGCCUUGCUCUCAAGACAUAAUCGCUUGGAGGGAGAAAUUCGCAGCUUCAGGACAGAGAUCAAACGUUUGGAAGAAUUGGCUCAGCUGAUGACCAAGGCUGCUACAGAGCAUAAUAUUUCCCCAGAGAAAUUUAUGCCUCAAGAAAAUGGAGACAAAUCAGACGAGGAGCUUGUGGAGGAGGUGAUUGAGGUUCCUCAUGAGGUCGAGGUAGAGGAAAUUCGGGAACGUGAGGUCAUGCAGGAUGUUGUGGAAACCCGCAAAAUUCCACAGGUCAAGGCCAUGUAUGCCUACAAGGGACAGGGAAUGAAGAUAGAGAAAGCAGAGGUUCUUCUCUUAGUUCAGAGAACAAAUUCAGACUGGUGGCAAAUCAGAAAAAUGGAUGGAACAGAAGGAUUUGUACCAGCAAAUUAUGUCAAAGAAGUAGAACCAAAAGUGACCCAGAAGGUUGUCCGCCGUCCAACCAAAGUCCCAGAGAAGGUCCUAGUCAAGAAAACUGUAAUGAAAAAGGAGGUUGUUCAAAGGAAAAAAGAAAAACCUAGCAAAUUAAGAAGAGCUCCCUCAGUGCGAUCAAAGGCAAAUCUGCAUUUUGACAAGGAUAAUGUGGACAAACGGCAGAAACAGAUAAAUCUUACCUACAAUAAACUUGUUAAAUUAGCUCAGGCACGACGCAUAGCAUUAGAAGAUGCCAUGAGAUUAUUUAAAUUCUUCAGAGAAUGUGAUGAAUUUGAAAGUUGGAUGAAGGAAAAGGAAGUCCUCCUUACCAGUAAGGAAAGUUUGUCUGAUAAUGUGGAAGCCGUCAAAAAGAAGUUUGAGAAUUUACUGACCAAUCUUGCUGGGAACAAGGGGCGUCUGGAUGAAAUUAAUGGUUUGGCUGAUGAGAUUGUCAAGUCUGGAAGUGGUCAGAGCAAACAGGUCCAAGUCCGGCAGAAAGAAAUCAACGACAGAUGGAAUCGUUUGAUGAAAUUAAAAAUGGAGAAAGAGAAAAACUUACAGGGAGCUUCAAGCAUUGAGAUGUUCCAGUCCACAUGUAACGAGCUUGCUGAUUGGAUAAAGGAAAAGGAUAAUACGUUGUCCUCGGAUGAUAUUGGAAAAGACAUGAAAGGAAUCGAGGCAGCCCUACGGAGACACACAAAUUUAGAAAGAGAAUUGGUGCCAGUGGAGGAUAAGAUGAAAAGAAUGAACUUCUUGGCUGAUUCUGUGAGAGCAUCUUAUCCAGAUGAAAAGGAUUAUGUUGACCAGAGACAGAAAGAACUACAGGACCUCUGGAACUCAUUACAGGAUAAAGCUGCCCAGAAAAGAAGACGAUUAGAAGACUCAGAAGAAGUGCAAAAGUUCAACAUUGAUGCCAAAGACUUGGGUAUGUGGACAAGUGCUACUAAAGCCAAGCUCCAGAAUGCUGAGAUGCCCAGAGAAUUACAGACAGCUGAAAUCAUGAUCCAGGAACAUCAAGACUUAGGAGAGGACAUCAAAGCUCACAAACCCAAGUUUGAGGAUAUACGCGUUUUGGGCAGCAGUAUUUUAGACAAAGACCCUGAUGCUUCUGAUGUUGAAAAUAAACUUAAAAAGCUAGGUGAGGAUGAGGAAGUGAUUGACAGAAUGUGGGCUGACAGAAAUCUACAACUCCAGCAUGCUUAUGAACUACAGUUUUUCAACAAAGAGGCUGACCACAUUGAUUCUGUGUCCAGUGGUCAUGAGAAGUUCUUGGACUUUGCUAACCUUGGGGAAACGGUGGAUGAUGUUGAAACUUUGUUCAAACGUCAUGAAGACUUUGAGAACACGUUGCUUGUACAAGAUGAAAAACUGAAGGACUUGGAUGAGAUGGCAGACAAAAGGAUUGCAGAAGGACAUCCUGAUAAAGAUCAUAUUGACAAGAGGAGAAAUGAGGUGCUGGAGAGGAGACAGAAAAUAAAGGAGCGGGCAGCAGACAGACACAAUGCUCUGUUGGCAGCACAAGGAUUCCAGGAGUUCAAGAGGGACGCAGACGAGCUUUCGGAUUGGAUAAAAGACAAAUACAAGACAGCUACAGAUGAGUCAUACAGAGAUUUGGCAAACCUUCACGAGAAGCUGAAGAAACAUCAGGCAUUUGAGGCAGAAAUUAAAGCAAAUAAUGAACGACUUCAAGACUUAAAUGAUAGAGGAGAUGGGAUGGUUAAGGAUGAACAUUAUUCAUCUCCAGAGAUCCAAGAAAUCCUCCAGGACCUCAAUACUCAGUGGAAGGACAUGUGUGACAAAGCCAAAGAUAAAGGGAACAAACUCCAGCAAGCAGCUGACCAGUCAACUCUUAAUAAGGCACUGGCUGAUGCACAGGCCAAAUUGGAUGAAAUGGAGAAAUCUGUGGCAAACCCCGACCUUGGAUCUGACCUUCGUGGAGUCAAGGACUUGUUGAAGAAGCAUCAGAACUUGGAAAAUGAAUUGGGGGUUCUUUCUGAUCAGAUCUCAUCCAUUGUCUCACAGGGACAAGCGCUGGCACAGUCCGGACACUUUGAUAAAGCCAACAUCCUCAGAGCUGUGGAGGAUUUCAACAGCAGAUUUGGGAAGCUGAAGCCAGCAGUAGAAAAAAGGAAGAACAAGUUGCAGGAUUCGCUGCACUUCUUCCAGUUUAAGUUUGAUGUGGAUGAAGAAGUCCAGUGGAUUAAGGAGAAACUACCUGCAGCUGCUUCUACAGACUAUGGAAAGAGUUUGGUAGAUGCCCAGAACCUCCAGAAAAAACACCAGAAACUUGACCUGGAGAUUAAUGGUCACCAUCCCAUUGUGGAGAGGGUGUUAGCUACAGGGGAGAAACUGAUUGACCAGAAACACUAUAAUGGAAAGCAGAUAAAGGACAAAUGUCAGGAACUCCAGGUGUCCUGGGAUGACCUCCUGAAUAAGAGUAAGAUCCGGAAAAAGAAUCUGGAUCUCUCUGUCCAAAUCCAGAAGUAUUUGAAUGAUGUUGAGGAGUUGGAGAACUGGAUCAAUGAUAAAAUGGCCCUGGCCACCAGUACAGACUACGGCAAGGAUGAGAACUCGUCCGACAAACUUCUGACAAAGAAUAAGGUAUUGGAGACAGAUAUUCAGACAUAUCAGGGAAUUGUAACAGGACUUGGUAAAGAGGCUCAGAGGUUGUUUAAAAUUGGAUGUCAGGAUCCAGCCACUCUACGCAAAGCACAAGACAAUCUCCAGGACCAUUUGAACAAGUUGAAGCGACUUGCUGCAGAGCGGACCCAUGAAUUGGAAAUGUCCAAAUGGCUGCAUGCUUACAACAGAGAAAGCAGUGACUUUGAGGAGUGGAUUGACGACCAGAUGCAGCUAGCCGCCUCUGAAGAAUAUGGAUCUGAUUAUGAACAUCUUGUUAUACUAAGAAACAGGUUUGAGGAAUUCAAACGAACCGUGGAAGCUGGAACAGAGAGAUUUAACAGGUGUGAGAGACUUGCUAAAUGGCUGCUGGAAGAUAAGACACAGUAUGAAGACCAAGUUAAAGAGAGACAAGCACAUCUCAGGGAGAAAUGGAACCAGCUGUUGGAACAGAUAGAGAACCGAGACCAGAAGAUGUAUGGUGCUGGAGAGAUUCACAGAUUUAAUCGUGAUGUUGAGGAAGCUCUCACAAGAAUUCAGGAGAAAUAUGCCAGUAUACCUGAGGAUCAGGGAAGAGAUCUGUUUGCCACUCAGAGCUAUCUCAAAAAGCAUGAAAGAUUUGAGAAUGAACUGGUGGCAUUAGAAGCUCAGUUACAAGUCUUGAUAGAAGACUCCACCAGACUUCAAGAAACUUACCCUGGGGAGAAUGCUGAACAGAUAGAGCAGCUUCAGGCUACAGUGGUAGAGAACUGGGGGAUUUUACAGGACAGAGCUGCUCAGAGAAAAGAGGAACUCAUUAAUACCAUGGACCUACACAGAUUCCUGGCAGAUGUGAGAGAUCUCAUGAGCUGGGCCAAUGAGAUCGAGCAGGAAAUGAAAUCUGACAAGACGGCUCGAGAUGUGUAUGGGGUGGACAUGAUUAAGACCCGACAUGAAGAACUGAAGGCAGAGAUUGAGGCUCGGGCAGAGACUUUCACCACCAUUGUACAGACAGGAGAGGAGAUGAUCAACAAUGACCAUUAUGCCAAGACAGAGAUUGAAGAGAAGGUGAAGUUGGUAGCUGACACUCAGGAUAGACUGAGAAAGGUAUGGGAUGAGAAGAGAGACUUCUACGAUCAGCUGUAUGAUCUUCACACCUUCCUCAGGGAUGCCCAGCAACUGGAUACCAUUAGCUCAUCACAAGAGGCAUACUUGGCCAGUUGUGAGUUUGGUAGUACUGUGGAUCAAGUUGAAGCUCUCAUUAGGAAGCAUGAAGCCUUCGACAGAGUCCUGGAAGUGCAAGAAGAUAAGUUGGAAGCAUUGUCUGCCAAUGGUUUGAAUAUGGUGGAAGAAGGACAUUUUGAAGCACCUAUUAUCAAACAGACUAUUGAUGACGUCACAAAAAGGAGAGCUAAUCUGAGAGCUCAGAGCAAAGCAAGAGGAGAGAAACUGGAAGAUUCACUUUUGUAUGCUCAAUUCAACAGAGAUGUUGCAGAGGCUGAAGGGCUGAUUGAUGACAAGUUGAAGGUGGCUUAUGAAGAUGACUUCCAGGAUGUGACAGACCUGCAGGACAAGAUUAAGAAACUGCAAAAACAUCAGGCUUUUGAGGCAGAAAUUUUGGCCAAUACUGACCAGAUCAAUAAAAUUAAAGAGCAAGGAGAUGUUUUACUGGAGAAGAAACAUCCAGAAUCAGAUGAUGUAAGACGAAGCCUACAGAGACUGACCUCCAAGUGGAACGAGCUCCUACAAGCCUCCAACAACCGUGGUAAAGGUCUGGUAGAACUGAAAGACAUCCUUAUGUUCAACGAACAAGUGGAUAAAGUGGAAAUGUGGAUGAGAGAAAAAGAAGCUCUGGUGAGUGCAGGAGACAUGGGACGAGACUAUGAACACUGUCUAGAACUUCAGAAAAAAGCCAAUGAUCUGGAGUCAGCAGGUAUCACUGUGGAUGAUAGGAGGAUAGCAGGGAUUAAUGCAUUGGCAGACAAAUUAAUAUCUCAGGGAAGAACAGACACAAAUGCUGUAAAGGAGAAACGCAAUAAUCUCAAUCAAAAAUGGAAAGGAGUAAAUGCUGAUCUGGAACACUAUAAGGAGAGCCUAUCCUGUGCCCUAGAAAUCCACUCCUUUAACCGAGAUGUGGACGAGAUGUUGGACAGAAUCAAUGAGAAGGCUCUGUUAUUGUCCAGUGAAGACCUUGGGAAGGAUUUGUCCAGUGUGGAGGCCCUCCAAAGGAAACAGGAGGAGGUCGAAAGGGAUAUGACAGCCUUACAGAAUCAGCUGGAGAAAAUGGAGGCUUUGGAAAGUAAGUUAUGUAGAAAAUACCCAGACAAGGCUGAUGCUAUUCACCAGAAACAGCAAGAGGCUCAGGACAACUGGGAAAAAUUGGAGGAACUGGCUGACAGCAGGAAACAGAAACUGUCUGACUCUUAUCAACUACAGAAGUUCCUUUCUGAUGCCAGGGAACUGGUUUCCUGGUCCACUGAGAUGGUGCAAAGAAUGAAUGCAGGAGAAUUGGCUAAAGAUGUUCCGGAGGCUGAAAGUCUUCUUCAAAUUCACCAUGAACGCAAGGCAGAAAUAGAAGGCAGAAAGUCCCACUUUGCUGCCGUGCGUGAGCAUGGUAACAAGCUGGUAGAGAAGAAACACUACUCUUCGGAAGAAAUCCAGAAAACUAUUGGUCAGUUAGACCACACCAAAUUAAUGCUGAAUGCUGCCUGGGAGAAACGGAACCACCUUCUCACUCAGUGCCAUGAUCUCCAGGUUUUCAAGGAGACCGCUGAACAGGCUGAUGCAUGGAUUUCUUCCAAAGAAGUCUUCCUUGCCAAUGAAGAUUUAGGAAAUAAUUUACACAGUGUAGAAACACUUCAAAAGAAACAUGAUGGAUUUGUGAGGACAACAAAAAAACAGGUGGAUAAAAUUGAAGACUUGAAACAAUUUGCAGAGAAUCUGAAAAGCCAAGAUCAUUAUGCAUCUAGUGAGAUUACUGAUAGGUGCCAGGAAGUUGUGAGUCGGUGCAAUGCUUUCUGGGAUCAUUGUGCAGCAAGAACAAAGAAACUGAAUGAUUCUAGGAACUACCAGUUGUUUUUGAGGAAUUUAUAUGAAGUAACAGGAUGGAUAAAUGAAAAGCUGCAGGUGGCGUUAGAUGAGUCUUACAGAGAUCCUACCAAUCUACAGGCCAAGCUCCAGAAACACCAAGCAUUUGAAGCUGAAGUCACAGCAAACAGAAACAGAGUAGACGCUGUAGUUGAGGAAGGUAAAGGACUAGUUGAUAAGGAUCAUUAUGCAAAAGCAGACAUUCAAAAACGUCUGGAGGAGUUGGAAUUAAGCUGGGAAGCUCUAAUGGCAGCCAGUGCUGAGAAGAAAGACAGACUACAGGAUGCCUAUCAGGCUCUUAUGUACAAUCGAGUUGUAGAUGACCUAAUGUCAUGGAUGGAUGAUGUCGAAUCCCAGCUUAUGUCAGAGGAUCAUGGGAAGGAUUUAUAUUCUGUCAAUAAAUUACUCAAAAAACAUCAGCUACUGGAGCAAGACAUAGCAAAUCACAGAGAAAAGGUUCAAGAUGUUCAAGAUGCCGCCCACGUGUUCAAAGAAGCAAAACAUUUUAUGAACAAAGAACUCCAGGCUAGAGCCAAAGCUGUUCAAGAAAAAUAUGAGUCAUUGUCGGAGCCAGCCACUAUCCGACGGGAUAACCUGGAAGAUGCCCUGCUGAUGUAUCAAUACUACAGAGAUGUGGAGGACGAGUUGUCAUGGAUACAGGAGAAACUUCCUGUUGCAGCCUCUACUGAUCUAGGAAACUCACUGAAUGCCGUCCAAAAUCUUAUGAAGAAACAUCAGGCCCUGGAAUCUGAAAUCAUUGCUCAUGAGCCUCUGAUUGACUCAGUAGCCACUGCUGCCCAGAGAAUGAUGCAGGCCAAACACUUUGCUUCUGACAACAUUAAAGCCCAGCUGGAUAAACUGCAGACAGAGCUUCAUCAACUCCAGGAAUUAACAAUGGAGCGCAAAUCUAAACUCCAAGCCUCGCUGGAAUCUCAAACGUUCUAUGCUGAGAUUUCGGUUGCUGAGUCUUGGAUGGACGAAAAAAUUCCUGUUUUGAAAAGUCCUGAGUAUGGAAAAGAUGAAGACAGUGUUCAGGUUAAUUUGAAAAAAAUGGACACCUUGGAGAGAGACAUUGAGAACUUUAGCAGUAAUAUUGCAGAGCUUGCUGCAUUAAGUAGGAGCUUAGUUGAAAAAGAGAAUUUUGACCUGGAGAAUAUAAAGAAACAUCAGGCAUCUGUAGAACAGAAGUACAGCACCCUGCAGGAUCUAGCCAGCCAGAGAAGAACCAAACUUCUGGAAACAAAGAAACUGUUUGAAUUCUACAGAGAGGCUGAUGAUGUCACUAACUGGAUAGCGGACAAGGUCGUCAUUGCAUCAUCAGAGGAUUACGGACAGGAUCUGGAGCAUGUGGAAGUUCUACAACAGAAGUUUGAGGAUUUCCUUCAUGAUUUAAAUAGUAGUGAAGAGAGAGUCACAAAUAUCAAUGUCAUGGCAACAGAGAUGAUAGAAGCCAAUCAUUUUGAAUCAGAAGCAAUCAAAAAGAAGUCUGAGGAGGUGACACAACAAUGGAGUGAACUGAAGGAGGUGGCCAAGGCCAGACAAGAGGCUCUUGCAGCAGCUAAGGAAGUACACAUGUAUGGACGUGAUGCAGAUGACACUCUGGACUGGAUUCAAGAGAAGGAGGGCUUAGUCAGUACAGAGGACUAUGGACAUGACCUGGAAUCUGUCCAGUCACUCAUCAGUAAACAUGAGGGCUUUGAGAGAGACCUAGCUGCCAUUAGUGAGCAAGUGGAGGCAAUCACCAAAGAAGCUGAGCGUUUGAUUGGUCAAUACCCAGAUGCUCAGGAACACAUUGCAGUCAAACAUGAGGAAAUGGUACAGUGUUGGAACAUCCUGGUGGAGAAAGCCUCCCAGAGGAAGGAGAAACUCCAGCAGGCUGACCAGUUACAGUUAUAUUUCAAUGACUACAGAGAGUUACAAGCCUGGAUAAGCGAGAUGAUGGCUAUCAUUCUGGCAGAAGAGAUUGCCAGAGAUCUCCCUAGUGCUGAACUGAUGAUGACAAGAUGUAAAGAACAUAAAGCAGAAAUAGACAGUCGACAGGAUGCUGUUAACAAGUUCCUAGAGACGGGAAAAGUCAUGAUCGAGAAUGGACACUUCCUGUCUGAAGAGAUAAAGGAGAAAGUGACAGACUUGAACACUGCUUGGGAAGCCUUAAUAAAAACAUUUGAGCAGUAUCGGGAACUUUGUGAACAGAAUCUAGAAGCUCAGCAAUUACAUCAUGAGAUGGAGCAGCUGGAGGCCUGGAUGAAUAUCCGUGAACCUCUGAUGAAGGAGAAGAACGUGGGAGAGAACAUUCAGGCUGUGGAGGAAUUACUCAGGCGACAGGACGACUUUGAAAAGACUGUGGACGCACAAUCAGAAAAAUUCAAUGCUAUUUGUCGGCGUACACAGCUGGAGAAGUCAUUAUUAGACCAGAAACAACAGCAGGCCUUAGCUGAGAAACAACAAAAAGAGAUUGAACGUAUGGAUGAAAUCAGAAAAAGAGAACAAGAGAGAAUCUUGGAGGAGAGAAAGAGAGAAGAAGAACAACGGAAAGCUAGGGAGGUGUUAUUGAGGAGGCAGAAGGGAGCUGAUUCCUCAGAAAGUGAUGAGGACAAAAAGGAUGACCGGUUAGACACUAGUACAGUCAAGAAUUUGAUUGGUCGAUCGACAAGCAGAGCAGAAGUGAAGCGUGCCAUCAGUUUCAAACAGAGAGGGGAGGGGGCCACCUCCCCACCUCCUGUGCUACAGAAAGCCUACGAGUUUCGACAAGGAGAAGGCAUUGUCAAUCCAAAUGAAAAUGUUACACCUACAGACAAUGAAACCGUUACCCCUACAGAGGAGGAUGCUCCACAUUUACCAGAAAUGCCACCUCCAGAAAUUCAAGUUGCACCCGCUACCCCUACUACUAGUGAUUUACAUAAAAAGGAGAAAUUAUCUCCCCCUGUUAGUCCAAAACAAAAACGUGUGGAACAUUUAAAAGAUGAUGAUAAAAAGAAAAAGAGAACUCCUAGUUUCAAUUUAAGGAGAAGAACGAGGAGUUUUAAGGACAAGUACAGACUUCCAGAUAAUUUACCUACUCCAGAUUUUGAGGGCUUAGUGGAAAGGAAAGUGGAAUUGCAGAGCGGAGGAAAACGGGCUACAAUACGAUCUUGGAAGAAUUAUUACAUGGUUUUAUAUGGACAGAUUCUAGUUUUCUACAAAGAUAAAGAAGCUGCCAUGGAGAAGAUUCCAGCUGCCCCUCCUGUGUUCAUCCAUAAUGCCUACUGUGACGUAGCCUCAGAUUACCAUAAAAAGAAGCAUGUCCUCCGUCUAAAAAGUGCAGAUGGAGCUGAAUCGUUACUGGAGGCAGCAUCUGCAUCUGACAUGAAGGAAUGGAUCAGCAAAAUCCAACAUUACGCAGUUCAAACUCCAUCCCAUGCUGACCUGGAAUUUUUUCAUAGUUCCGAACAACCGCCUGAGGAUAGCGCGGUUGACGAUGGAGCACAAGCACCUGAUGAGCACCAUGCAGCUGUUCUACAUAGAUCAUCAAGUCCAGAAGGUGAGAGGGGACGUAGUGUGUCUCCCAUGGCAGCACACCGAGAAUCUCAGGAAAUCCGUGAGGAAGAGAUGGACAGGAUUAUGGCCAGUAAACACUGGUCCCCAGACAGAGGGUCAGCCAUCCCUCCUCAUGCCACAGGUGCCCAAAACGACAGUGUGCAGCGAUCAGGCAGCUUCCAAGCUGAAAAUAACGCCACUCCAGUACGGCAGCGGACAAGCAGUGCAGGCAGUCAUCAUUCUUCGGGUGAAGAGGAGCAUGAUCCUUCACCCGUAUCCUCCCCACACAAUGGGGGUCACAGAGGAAUGAAUGGAGAUGAGGAUCAGUUCACUGAUGACAUUAAGAAGAGGACUAAAGCUUCCCCUAAAAAGGACCGCCCCAUGUCAGAACCUGCGAUGAUGAUGGAAGAUCAUGAUGGGGGAGACCAUGAGAAGAAAAAGAAGGGUCUCUUUAGUCGGUUUAAGAAAAAGAAGGAUGGAGAUCACGAGGAACAUAAAAAACACAAGAAAGACAAAAAAGCCGAGGCUCAUUAGUUCCAUUGAUGGAAAAAAAAAACAAAACAGCCAUGUCCUUCAGUUCUGAAUCCCAGGAUCAAAGAGUUGAGAAGCUAAAAUGGAGCUGCCACUUACUUAAGGGAAAAAAAACUUAUUAGGAAUCUGUUAUAUUUAUAGGAAAUUGAGAUUUACAAGUACUUGUUGGUGAAUCAUAUACCUCUAUAUUCUUAUGUAAGUAUUCUCUUAAUUAUGAUGCAAGCCAAAUAGACGAAGUAAAAUUGGAAACAAAAUCCAAAUUAUACUUAACACUAUCCAUCCAAGUGAUUUUGUCAUAGUUGCCAAUACAGUGUACUUGUUACCAACUGUAACAAUAUUUACUGAGCUGUAUAGAACAUUACACCUUUUGUUAACGGAGAUCUCGUAUAUGCUGUAUCUGUGAUUGUUGACGUAAAGGUUAAAUUUGAUUCACUUUGUUGUUGAUCUUUAAUGGACCACACAUAUACCUUUGUUUAUGCUUUUUUUUGUAUGUUUUAUAUAUAAAUAUAUAUUUAAGAUGUUGUUUUGUAUGGGCAUAGAUAUGGCUUACAUAACAAGCUAUAUAUGUUGACUCUCUGCAGCUAUACAUUUCAUUAUUGAUUCUCUGUAACCAGUGAUUAUCAUAAACAGUUUCAGUAAGUGUAUGUACUGUAUAUAUAGAAACUGGUGUUAUUUUGUGCAUUCUAAAGUUUGUAGGCAAUUACCAUACUGAUUUAUUAUUCAAUACAGUGUUUUGCAGAAUUAACAUAAGAAUGUACAUUUUGGAGAGUUUCAUGUUAAAUAGUUUGGUUGUAUCAUUCAGGUCUGGAACUUUUUAAAAAUCAAAUUGCAGUUUUUUCUUCUGUUUUUCUUUAUAUACCCAGAAUAUAGUGCUUCCUUUUGUAGAAUUAUUGUUUUUUGUACCAAGCAUUGUUAAGAUUUAUGCAAAAUUUUGCAAUUGAUUGUUUUCUUCUUUUAAGAUAUUUUAAGAUUAAAAAUACAUUUAUAUUAUUUGGACAUGAGAAAAUAUAGCAGCAAUAGUCCUGCUGAUGUCUGUAUAUCAUUUUUGUCUCCACAUUUUGUCAAAGUGCUUCCUGUUAAUGCCGUGAUCAAAACUGUUGACUUCCAGAAACACUUUGUCAGGUUUACACAGUUGUGAUAGUGAUGUAAAAUUUCUCUGGUCAAAAUAUUUUAGAUUAGACCGUAAAUUACAUUUUCUUAUAAAAUAAGUGCAAUGAAAAGUAAAGAUCUGAUCUUUUUUGUGCCCAUUUUCCUGACUACAAAUGUAAUCAAAAUACUCGCUGUUUAUCUCUUGUUAUUUGAAAAUUUGGCUUUUGCGGGAAAUGCUGUAUAAUUGUAAAUAUCAUAGCCAAGAGCAAUAAAGUUAGGCACAUUUUCAUUGAUUAGUAUAUACCUUGGGAUGUAAAAAGUGGAAUCAUAUCUUGUAAAUAUACUGAAUUGAAAGAGAUGUUUAAAGAGAUUGUCAAAUUAUGAAAAGGUUCUAAUUGUGCCAAUGGUAUACAAGUUUGUUUUUAGAUAAGACAAAGUGUUAAAUGUUCAGCAGCUGUAGAGUAUACCUGUAUGAUAACAGUUUAAUAUAGAAAUUCAGAGCACAAUUUUCCUUCUCAUGACAAAUGUUCAUCAAUGUUUGCUUCAGUAGUGUAGAUGUAUAUCAUUGAUCACACUAACAUCAAUUAUUUUUAUUUUCAAAUAUAUAUUGUAUUAAAAAAUAUAAAUAUUUAUAUUAAAAUAAUGAAUCAGUAAA